GACUUACUGGUUCAUAUGCUUUCCUUGCAGUUGUCCAACACAGCCAUUCUCCAUCAGAUUAGACGAGACCAAGUGACAGACACGUGCCGAGCAAACAGUGUCUUGAGCAGGAAGCGCCGUGUACUGACACCCAAUGAUCUCAAACACCUGGUGGUGGAUGAAGAUCAUGAAAUGAUCUAUUGCUACGUCCCUAAAGUGGCCUGCACAAACUGGAAGAGAGUCAUGAUGGUUUUGACGGGAAGAGGCAAAUACAGCGAUCCAAUGGAAAUCCCGGCCAACGAAGCGCACGUGUCUUCAAACCUGAAGACCCUCAACCAGUACAGCAUCCCAGAGAUCAACCACCGCUUGAAAAACUACAUGAAGUUCCUCUUUGUUCGUGAGCCUUUUGAGAGACUGGUGUCAGCCUACAGGAACAAGUUCACCCAGAAGUACAACACUUCCUUCCACAAACGCUACGGCACCAAAAUCGUGAGGCGCCAGAGGAAGAACGCGACCCAGGAAGCUCUGCGUAAAGGCGACGAUGUGAAAUUUGAAGAGUUUGUGGCCUAUCUCAUCGACCCGCACACCCAAAGAGAAGAGCCCUUCAACGAGCACUGGCAGACUGUGUACUCUCUCUGCCACCCUUGCCACAUUCACUAUGACCUCAUAGGAAAAUACGAAACGCUCGAAGAGGAUUCGAAUUACAUUCUCCAGCUUGCAGGAGUCGGCAACUACCUGAAGUUCCCCACCUAUGCAAAGUCAACGAGAACUACUGAUGAAAUGACCACAGAGUUCUUCCAGAACAUCAGCUCGGAGCACCAAACGCAGCUGUAUGAAGUCUACAAACUUGAUUUUUUAAUGUUCAAUUACUCAGUGCCAAGCUACCUGAAAUUGGAAUGAGGGAUGGGUUGGGGGGAGAGAGGGGAGAGAAAGCCUGAUUUAUUUAAGAUUUUUAUUUGUCAUAAUAAAUAUGGAGAGUGGGUUAUUUUGUAAAUUAAUAAUUUUUUUUUUGAAUGAUGCUGCGAGCAGCACAGUCAAAAUUAUUUAAAUCAACUGUAAGAAAGGACAGCUCUCUUUGCAGGGUAACAGGAUUGUGACGAUCUAGCCGUAGAAAUGAAUAAUACUGCUGUUGAAAAAAACAUUAAUUGUGUUCUGGUGAAUUUCAUUGAUCUUGCGUUCCUCAAAUUCUAAUUAAUAUUAUUUAUACUUAUUUAAAACAUGGUCUCUUGGGAGGUUUUACUGUAGCAACAGAGGUAAGAUAACAUUAGGACAAAAGCAAUUUGGUUUUACUCUUUUUUCUGUUGAGCUUUUCUCUGGAUAGUAAUAUUCUUCCGUUAGUCUUUCAUGCAGGUAAAUAUAGGAGUGGUUCUUGAUACCACACACCUUGAGAAUAAUGAUGGAAAUAAUUACUUUAGAAAGUGAUACUGCACUUAAACGUACUAUAAAACUGUCUUUCUAUCCCUGAAAGGGAAAAAUAAAACCAAUUUUCAUAGAUACAU